GGCAGCCGGGGUAGCAGUGACACCUCUUCCUCGGGUGGAUCAUGUCUUCCCUCAAGGUUGUUGCCGCCUUGGUCGCUCUCCUGGGCACCGGCGCUGCGCGCCCAGACCAAGGCGCCGCCCCACCUGCCCCCCAGCCUGCCUACGGUGCACCCCCGCCGCCACCCACAUAUGCCCCUCCUCCCCCACCUACCUAUGCCCCUCCUCCCCCACCUACCUAUGCCCCUCCUCCCCCACCCACUUAUGCCCCCCCUCCACCACCUACCUAUGCCCCCCCUCCACCACCGAAGUAUGGUCACCCUGAGCCAGAGACAGCGAAACCCACCUACUCCUUCGACUGGGCCGUCAAGGACGACUACUCCGGCAACGACUUCGGUCACCAGGAGACCCGAGACGGCUACAACACCCAGGGCUCCUACUACGUGCUGCUGCCCGACGGCCGCGUCGAGAAGGUCACCUACACCGUCAACGGUGACUCCGGCUUCGUGGCCACCGUCGAGUUCGAGGGCGAAGCCAAGGUGGAGGAGAAGCCCUAUGGCCAAACGACCACCCCAACUUACGGCCAGACGUAAACCCCGGCACAGGCCUAUCACACAUGCCCGGCUUACAC